GAUUUGGCCGCAUCGGCCGCCUGGUCACCAGAGCUGCCUUCACCUGUGACAAAGUCCAGAUUGUAGCAAUCAAUGACCCAUUCAUUGACCUCAACUACAUGGUUUACAUGUUCAAAUAUGACUCCACGCAUGGUCGCUUUCAUGGCACUGUCAAGGCUGAGAAUGGAAAACUUGUGAUUAAUGGACAGGCAAUUACCAUUUUCCAGGAGCGUGAUCCUGCUAACAUCAAGUGGGGAGAUGCUGGAGCAGAGUAUGUUGUAGAAUCCACUGGAGUCUUCACCACCACAGAGAAGGCCAGCGCUCACCUGAAGGGGGGUGCUAAGCGUGUCGUCAUUUCUGCCCCCUCAGCCGAUGCACCCAUGUUUGUGAUGGGCGUCAACCAUGAGAAAUACGACAAUUCUCUGAAAGUUGUCAGCAAUGCCUCCUGCACCACCAAUUGCCUGGCUCCUUUGGCCAAGGUCAUCCAUGACAACUAUGGCAUCGUGGAAGGUCUCAUGACCACUGUCCAUGCCAUCACAGCCACGCAGAAGACUGUGGAUGGCCCCUCUGGGAAGUUAUGGCGAGAUGGCAGAGGUGCUGCCCAGAACAUCAUUCCAGCAUCCACUGGAGCUGCUAAGGCUGUGGGCAAGGUCAUUCCUGAGCUGAACGGGAAACUCACCGGAAUGGCUUUCCGUGUUCCAACUCCCAAUGUGUCUGUUGUGGACCUGACUUGCCGCCUGCAGAAACCAGCCAAGUAUGACGACAUUAAGAAGGUGAUGAAGGCUGCCUCUGAGGGGCCUCUCAAGGGCAUUCUGGGAUACACGGAGGACCAGGUUGUCUCUUCUGACUUCAACGGUGACAGCCGCUCCUCUAUCUUCGAUGCGGCUGCUGGCAUUGCUCUCAAUGACAACUUUGUCAAACUGGUCUCCUGGUAUGACAAUGAGUUUGGAUACAGCAACCGUGUUGUGGACUUGUUAGUUCACAUGGCAUCGAAGGAAUAAACCAGGCACAUGGAUCAGUCUCUGCCUGGGGAAGGAGGUGUGGGAGAAUCAUACCGGAGACCUUUGUUCCUCCCACCCCUCUCUCCCCACCAUGCAGCUCUGUAGCCUUAAGUGAGAAUCCAGUUCUGUUUCAUCCUCUCUUCCCCAUUCCUCUGCCUUGUGCCUGAAGCGUGAGGGA